AUGUUUCGCUCCGGUCCCUUGAUUGCGAUUUUCGUCGCUGCAAUUUCCAUCCUCAUCAUCAUCUAUUCACCAGCAAACAACUACAUCAAUCACCUUCAACAACUCACAACAAACUUCAUUCACCCGGACAAAACGUCAACAGUCGAAACAACUCAUCAGAGUCAAAUGAUCAACGCUGCAAAGAACAUGUCCAAGUCGCUCCGUCAAGCAAAGAUUACUCCUCACCGUUCCAGCAAUAGAGGACACAGCGAUCAUGGCUGGCUCAACACAUACCAUUCUUUUUGUUUUGCUGACUGGUACGACCCGAGAUUUACUCACUUUGGUUCUCUUCGUGUCCUCAAUGAGGAUCGUGUAAAGGCCAACUCGGGUUUCCCAACACACCCUCACCGCGAUUUUGAGAUCUUCUCUUAUAUCCUUGGAGGAGAGCUUACACACCGGGACUCAAUGCUUACCAAGGGCAAAGAGGGAGGACAGUCUGACAAGUUCUACCGCAUGCACCGUGGUGAUGUUCAGUUCACUACGGGUGGAACUGGCAUUGCCCACUCAGAGUUCAACGAGCACAAGACCGACACUGUGCACUUUCUCCAGAUCUGGGCCAUCCCCUGGAAGCGUGGUCUUACCCCCCGAUACCACACCCGUCACUUCAGCGAUGAGUCCAAGAGACAGGGAUUUGUCAAGAUUCUGAGCCCCCUCAAGGGUGGUGAGGAUGCUACUGCUCAGGAAGAGAAGACCGCCGAGCCCGUCAUCCCCGAGACCAUCCCCAUUCACGCCGACUUUGUUAUGGGCGCUGGCAUCAUCGAGCCAACCAACAAGUUUGAGUGGACAGUCGGAGGAGGUGCCACUGAGCAGACCAAGAGAAAGGUGUAUGUGCACCUGCCCAUGACUAAGGGAGGAAAGGCCAAGAUCCGCCUGGAUGGCCGGGAGGAUGCUGAGCUUUUUGAAGGCGAUGGUGCUUUCAUCGAGGGUGUCAACGCCGGUGACAAACUCGCAGUGGAAAGCAUUGGAGAGGUCGAGGCCGAGGUUAUCGUUCUGGAUACUGCUUAA